GCAAACGCCAAGUAAUACUAGCUCGCAAGCCGUCGGCACCAGGUCCGCAGACCUGAUGCAGGCUUUGGAAGGGGCGUCAGCUUUUGUUUGGUGGCUUGCUGCACUCGGCAUCUGGCCCACUUUGAAAUCAUACAAUGGUGGGGCAGAGCCUCUCGAUUGUGCGUCUUCAUACCCCGAUUGACUUGCAGCAUUUGCAAAGGUCUCCUGAAAAGGAACUACAUGGACUCAGUGGAAUGCGGCCAGGUGUUGCAGCUCUACUGCAGGACUGCUGCAAGCAGAGCUUGCUGGUGCUUGGAGCUACGAGGCCAAACCAUGCAAGGGGGCGCUUGUCAAGUGCCAGGCGGUUUGUAGAACAAAGGGACGUCAAUAUUGCAGGCCAUAGGGGCAGACUCAUUGCUAAUGCAGCGCUUAGGGAAGACAGUGGGGUUGCAAUGAGAAUUGGUGAGGAUAAGUCAGCAGAAUCUUCACAGAAGGGCUUCCAUCAACAAAGAUUCAAGGCUACCGAGCGACCGCAGCAACUGCAACAAGCAGAACUGGAGAUACAGAUACGAGAGCCAGUGAGUGAUGCAGAGCUACGCGCAGUUGCCUUGCUUCGAGCCCUCUCCUUCUAUGCAUAUCGGCCAGAGAGGGCCUUCGCGGGCAAGCUCCAUCAGAAGAUGAAGGCUAGUGAGGAAUAUGAGCGCCUCCUGGAGUUGAGGGAGAAUGGGAGCAAGCCGGAGCAGCAAGAGGCGUGCCUGGCGGCCUUUUGUAGGUGGGAGACUGUGCCCUUGGCGCCCGAGGAGCUGCGGGUGACAUCAGCGGACGGUGAAGACCUUGCGCUGGUUGGGUCGCUGGAUGUCUGUGCGACCAGGGCGGUGGAAGGGCAGGUGCUCAUAGGUGCGACUUUGAACGCUGCAUACCUGAGUAACGUGUGCGUCUCGGAGGCUGCUCGUCGAAGAAGCGUGGGCCGCUCCUUACUGAACGAAGCGCGCAGACGGGCACACGAGUGGGGGGUGGAUGCGCUAUAUGUGCACACGAUGGCUGUGAACGAAGUGGCGCAGCACUUCUAUUGCAAGCACGGCUUUGUGCUCGAGCGGGAGGAAACCAGCAACGAAGCACACUACCGGGGUCACUGCCUUGACGGUAUCGAGGGGAGGGGUCGGACAGUGCUGUUACGAGUUGAUCGGUCCAGUAAGUGAAAGUGAGACUUACGCGUAUAGGAUAGUCGCGACCUUGAAAAUGCCAGCGUAGGAUUUGUCUAGAACUUUCAACUUGCAGGCACCUUAAGCGAGCGUAAAUAAUGUGGUCUAGACGCCUUCUUUGUAGUCCUCAGAUCGAGCGAGAUGUCGUUGCUAUUCACUCUCAUUCUAGCUGCAGGGGGCAGCAGGCUUUUCUAGAGUCCGGUUGCAGGCAUAAAGCGCGAAAUGGUCAUGCAGGC